AUGGAGCCCCAAAACAAAGAUAGCACUUGGCCCAGUGCAAAGCAGUGUGUCAUGAAGAGCGUGUCGAAGGAAGAGGAGGACUUCCAGGGCCAGCCAGGCGUCUGUGGUCUCACCAAUCUGGGCAACACAUGCUUCAUGAACUCGGCCCUGCAGUGCCUCAGCAAUGUGCCACAGCUCACCGAGUACUUCGUCAACAAUCGCUACCUGGAGGAGCUCAACUUCAGCAACCCGCUGGGUAUGAAGGGUGAGAUUGCAGAGGCCUAUGCAGAUCUGGUGAAGCAGGCAUGGUCAGGCCACCACUGCUCCGUUGUGCCCCAUGUGUUCAAGACCAAGGUCGGCCACUUUGCAUCCCAGUUUUUGGGCUACCAGCAGCAUGACUCACAGGAGCUGCUAUCAUUCCUCCUGGAUGGGCUUCAUGAGGACCUCAAUCGGGUCAAGAAGAAGGAGUAUGUGGAGCUGUGUGAUGCUGCUGGGCGGCCUGAUCAGGAGGUGGCUCAGGAGGCCUGGCAGAACCACAAACGGCGGAACGAUUCUGUGAUUGUGGACACGUUCCAUGGCCUCUUCAAGUCCACACUGGUGUGCCCUGAUUGUGGCAAUGUGUCUGUGACCUUCGACCCCUUCUGCUACCUCAGUGUCCCGCUGCCUGUCAACCCACAAAGGGUCAUGGAGGUCUUCUAUGUCUCCAUGGAUCCUCGCCGCAAGCCAGAGCAGCACAGACUUGUUGUUCCUAAGAAGGGCAAAAUCUCGGAUCUGUGUGUGGCUCUGUCCAAACACACAGGUGUCCAGCCAGACAGGAUGAUGGUGGCUGAUGUCUUUAGUCACCGCUUCUAUAAGAUCUACCAGCUGGAAGACCCUCUCAACAGUAUUUUGGACCGCGAUGAUAUCUUCAUAUACGAGGUGUCAGCUAGGGCUGGAACCGGCGAGGGCUUAAGAGAGGACGUUGUGCUUCCUAUCUACUUGCGGGAGCGCUCUCCAGCCCCAGACUUCAACAACUCUUACUAUGGCCUGGUGCUUUUUGGACACCCGCUCCUGUUGUCGGUGCCUCGUGACCGGCUCACUUGGGAUGCCUUGUAUCACAUCCUGCUGUACCGGCUCUCACGCUACGUGGCCAGGCCCAAUUCAGAUGAUGAGGACGAUGGGGAGGAGAAAGGUGAGGAAGAGGAAGGAGAGGAUCCACCUGGGCAAACGGCUGGGGGCGGCCUUCAAGACCCUGGCCCAGAGCAAGCCGGGCCCAGCUCUGGAGCCAUGGGCAGGAACCGGGCUCCUGCAGACAACUCCCCGGGCCCUUCUAACUGGCCCCAGAGGUCCCGGCGCAGGCAGCUGUUCACCCUGCAGACAGUGAAUUCCAAUGGGACCAGUGACCGCAUGACCUUCAGUGAAGAUGGCCAUGCCCAGCCGUACAUUGCUAUCGACUGGGAGCCAGAGAUGAAGAAACGUUACUAUGACGAGGUGGAGGCUGAGGGCUACGUAAAGCAUGAAUGUGUUAGUUAUGUGCUGAAGAAAGCUCCCGUGCGCCUGCAGGAGUGCAUUGAGCUCUUUACCACGGUGGAGACUCUGGAGAAGGAGAACCCCUGGUACUGCCCCAACUGUAAGCAGCACCGACUGGCCACUAAGAAGCUAGACCUGUGGAUGCUACCUGAGAUCCUGAUUAUCCACUUGAAGCGCUUUUCCUACACCAAGUUCUCCCGAGAGAAGAUUGACAUCCUUGUGGAGUUCCCUAUCCGAGACUUGGACCUCUCCAAAUUUGUCAUCAAACCACACAGCGAUUCUGACCCAGAGCUGUACAAAUACGAUCUCAUCGCGGUUUCAAACCAUUACGGAGGCCUGCGUGAUGGACACUACACCACAUUUGCCUGCAACAAGGACAGCGGCCAGUGGCACUACUUUGAUGACAGCAGUGUCUCCCAGGUGACCGAGGACGAGAUUGAGUCCAAAGCAGCCUAUGUUCUCUUCUACCAGCGCCAGGAUGUGGCGCGACGUCUGCGACCCCAGCCUGACUUAUCUGGUCCCCCAGGCCCCUCUGCCUGUGGUUCCCCUCCCAGCUCUGACAGCAUGGAUGUAAACUGA